AUGCCAGGCCCGAGGCCUCCCGCCGCACGGGCACCAGCUCGUAAUCACGUUCCUGUCCUGGCCUCGCCUCCAUCUUCGCCGGGCCAUUCGCGCGAGGCAUCUUCGAUAUCGACGGUCUUGAACCCCACUGCCAUUGAUCCGUGCUCCGUUUCAGACCGUCUGGAUGACGACCAAGGUUUGGAUCAGGACCCGGAUAAUGACCGCGCGUACUACACAGCCCACGGCCGAUUCGCGGGCCAGGUCGCUGCCGCCAUAGAUAGAAGAGCAGGCUUCAUUCAACCAGUAACGUCCCAUCUGGUCCCGCUCGUCGAUGCGCCCCUGUUUGGAGAACUAAACCUACCUUCUCAAUCCUGCAUUCUGCACUCAACCACCGAGCUGCCUUCCCGGGCCGAUGCUGAUCAACUCGUCGAUGUAUAUUGGCGGUAUGUCGAUCCAAUAGAGCCCAUCCUAGAUCGCGACCAUUUUACCAAAGAUUACGAGGCGUCAUACUGUACCCCUGGUGCAUCACUCCGCGUGGACCAUGACAUCUGGCUUAGCAUCCUCAAUACAGUCUUUGCCUUGGCAAUCCAGAGGCAGGAAGGCACCCCUCUCAAGAAACGAAAUGAAGCGGGAAAUCGUUAUUUUCGGCGUGCGUGGGCAUUUGUCCCUGCUGAGUCUAUCCUUUGGAAACCUGGAUCGAUCGAGCUGGUACAGUGCCUAAUGCUGAUGAACCGAUAUCUCCACUGCACCAACAACCAACAGAAAACAUGGAUGACCGCGGGACUGGCAAUGCGAAUUGCACAAACCAUAUGCUGCCACCUUCCCGAGACGCCUUCAACCAGAGAGACCGAUAAUGAGAAGCGGUUGAAACGUAAAAUUUGGGCAAGCUGUGUUGCCCUAGAUCGAUGCGUCUCCUGGUCACUCGGUAAAACAUCAACGCUGGUUCUGGUUCCCUCGCCGGACAGCGGCUGCCAACAAAACGGCAAACGUCCGGAGCAUCUUCGUUGGGAAUUACACGAAAUAGGCAACCAGAUUCAACUGGCGCAGACCCAGAGUCGAAGUAGUCCCACGAAGGAUGGAGUGCUGCACCUAUGUCAACAGGACAAAUACCACACAGUAGCAGUCCAUCUCGACGCGUGCCUCAACAAAUGGGAGAAUAGCCUUCCAAGCGAUUGGCAACUACAGAAUAUUAGAUUCAUGGGAGACAAUACAUCUCGAGCGGAGCGAUACAUGCUACAUCUUCGUCUCCUUCAUUCUAGAAUCUACCUCUACAGACCAAUGCUCGCCCGCUUCUACUCAAUGAAAUCCGACCCCCAGUCAAAGCACACCAAGCCCACAGGCCUAAGCGACCGGCUUCUCAAAGAAUGUGCCGGAAUGUGCGUCGAGGCCGCACAAAAGGUCACUUCAAUGAUCAUUGAAACAUUAGAGGUAGACGAGACCAUCGGCCUUCUUCCCUGGUGGAACCGAAUCUACUAUCUACACAUCGCGGGGGCAAUUUUCCUCGCAGCCAUGUUCGGAUCGGAUCUAUUCACAGAAUCGGUAUCUCAAUCUUGGCAUGAUGUCCUAUCGGCUCUCCACGCACACGUGCACCUAACCACGUACGCCCAGCAGUGUGUCUGGACGUUUGAGACCCUCUCGGCGAGGAUUUUGGGGACAAAUUGUCCGACUUUGCAUGGCGGGGACGAGGCGCUGGUGGAGGGGACCGCGAUCUGUUGCUUUGAUGAUAUAUUUCAAGAUAUCAGGUUUGAUUUUGAUACAUUUCUGUAUGGGUCGGAAGAUCCCAUUACCAUUGAAGGGUUGAGUUAG